GUCAGCUCUAGCCCUGCGUCACCACCAACGUCACGGCGCACGCGACGUCAUUCGUCACGACGCCUCGGCUGGGCAUGGCGGCAUCCUCUUCCUGGUAACGGUAACGGGGAGCUGGGAGACCGGCGGCCUUCCGGAUGGCGGACUUUGAUGAGAUUUACGAGGAGGAGGAAGAGGACGAAGAGCGGGCGCUGGAGGAGCAGCUCCUCAAGUACUCCCCGGACCCGGUGGUGGUGAGGGGAUGCGGGCACGUCACAGUAUUUGGGCUUAGCAACAAAUUUGAAGCAGAGUUUCCAUCAUCUUUAACCGGCAAGGUAGCACCGGAGGAGUUUAAAUCCAGCAUUAAUCGGGUGAACAGUUGUCUCAAGAAGAACCUUCCAAUUAAUGUCCGCUGGUUGCUUUGUGGGUGUCUUUGCUGCUGCUGUACCUUGGGCUGUAGCAUGUGGCCAGUAGUUUGUCUCAGUAAAAGAACACGAAGAUCGAUUGAGAAGUUAUUGGAAUGGGAAAACAAUAGGAUAUACCACAAGCUGUGCUUGCACUGGCGAUUGAGCAAAAGGAAAUGUGAAACCAACAACAUGAUGGAAUAUGUCAUCUUGAUAGAAUUUUUACCAAAGACACCAAUUUUUCGACCAGAUUAGCAUUGUCUUUUUGUUUGUUUCCAAGGACUUGAUCCAGUAUCUCUUAUUUCCAAUGGUGCCUUGCUUGGUGCUUUCCCAGUGGUGAUAUCAUGGUUCUACCGAAUUCUGUGGCUUUCUUUCUUUUCUAUUUUUGUUCUUGAAAGAGCUACCAACACCAGGUCCAUUUCAAAGUAUUUUUCCUUUGGAGUUGAGAUGGGACUUUUUUGAAACAUGUUUUUUUAGGAGGACUUUUUUUUUUCUCUCUUCUAAAGCCACACUCUGGUUUUCUCAAAGGUCAAUUGGUGUUCCAUUUUCUUUUGUUUUUCUCAUUUCUUCUUUUUUUAAAGGGACUGUUUUUUUUGUUUUUUUUUAUGGCCUGUCACGUGUGGAGCUACAAUUUCUCCUGUCACAGUUCGGGAGCCAAGAUGUCACUGCACCAUUAGGAAUCUCUAUUUACCCAAGAAGAUCUCCUCCUGUCAGCUGGUUCUGCAGCAGAUCUACUGAACAUGUUGGAACUGAAAGAAAUUCUUCAUUACCCCUAGAAUAUUUAUGGAAAUAUGUGCAUGUUGUGGCGUUUUAAUGAAGCUCAGGACCACACACUUUUUAUUUCAUUUUUUUUGUUUUUUUUAAUCUUUGUUCAGGAGCAAUGAAUUUCCCAAGUCUUGCUCUAUUUACCAGGUAGUCUACAGGUAGAGGGUUAUUCAUGAUGUCUGAUAUUAAGAAAUAUAUUUCUAAUUCCACUUUGUUUACUCACUGCUGAAUGACAACCAUUUAAAUCGUAUGGAAAAUUUAAGCUAAAUUAAUUAAAACCGAUUUGGUUAAAAUAUCUUAAACAUUUUCAAAGACCCUUCCAUACUGCUUCACUGCGUCGUAUAGGUUGCAAUGUUUUCAGCCAUGUGGUUGGUGUGAAGGUAUGGUAAAAUGAAAGGCAGUAUGUUUCUUUAUACUGCAAAUUAAUACUUUCAGUUUAAAUAUAUUUGGCUUAAGUAACAUACUCCGGGGCGAUGCUUGUAUUUUUAUUUAUUUUUUCACACUCCUGCUGGGAAAACACCUGAAGACACAUUGGGACACACAAUAGAUUACACAUUUCAUGCAUAUAUUUUAAGGUUUACAUUACUUGGUGUUAUGCACAUAUUUAACCUUAAUGGGGGUCAUGCAAGAUUCACCUUUGUUGUGACAUAUAAGCUCACUAGUACUUUAUUUUGUUCAUAUUUGUGCCUACUAAUUCAUCUUAAAUAGCUAUUACAUUUUGGUUUAACUUGUAAGAAUCUGUAUUCUCAAAAAGAACUAGUUCUAAAAAAAAAAAAAAAGCAACCUGUGGUAUAUGUGUAGCAUUUUUAUAUAAAUGCUUUGUUUAAACUGGUAAAAAAAUGUAAAUGUUAAUUACCACUAUAUUAUUUGCUCUUAUUAUUAUUAAGUAUAUAUGCCAUUGCUAUUCUUAGCAACCAUUAGAAGGAUGUUGUAUACAUCAGUGGGUGGGAGAAAUAUACCCAGGGGUUUUGUCUUGCUCUAUUUAUUUAUUUUUUUUUUUU